CACGCAGUCGAAGGAAACGACAGCGUUUUAUUGCCCUGGAAAUAUUUUUUCCACAUUCAAUUGGUGCUCUAGCCAGAGAGUUUGCCUCGGUUGCCAAAAAUCGCUCGAGCUGUUUCACCGUCAAAGGCUCCGCCAUAGCAUUUCCGUUCAGAUCAAAAUUAUCUAUUUUAAAUGGGAAGUAAAAGUCGAAUUCCUCCUCCUCAUCUGAGGCGUCCUCUUCCUGGGCCGGGUAUAGUGCACCCUGAUCCAUUUGUUCCUGGUGUACGCCCUCCGCUUGGCCCCAUUCCUCCAUUUGACAUAUUGCCACCCCCAGAAGUUAUGGAACAAAAGCUUGCUACACAACAUGUGGAGAUGCAGAGACUUGCAACAGAGAACCAGAGGCUGGCUGCCACACAUGGAAACUUGAGACAGGAACUUGCUGCUGCGCAGCAUGAGUUGCAGAUGUUGCAUGCUCACACUGGUGCUAUCAAGUCUGAAAGAGAACAACAAAUGAGGGGCCUUAUGGAUAAAAUUGCCAAGAUGGAAACAGAGUUGAAGGCUGCAGAGCCUGUUAGGUUGGAGUUGCAGCAGGCACGAGCAGAGGCUGAGAACUUGGUUGUAGCAAGGCGGGAGCUUAUGUCUAAAGUACAUCAGUUGACUCUGGAUCUUCAUAGGGCCCAUGCAGAUGUGCAGCAGAUUCCUGUUCUGAUGUCGGAACUUGAAAGUCUCAGACAGGAAUAUCAGCGAUGCAGGGUUUCAUAUGACUAUGAAAAGAAAUUAUUCAGUGACCACCUGGAGUCACUUCAGGCCAUGGAGAAAAACUAUGUUACAAUGGCUAGGGAAGUGGAAAAGCUUCAUUUAGAACUUACUAACAGAGCAAAUGUUGAUAUAAGAACUGUUGCUGGUGGGCCUUAUGGUGGUGCCUCCGGGAACAAUGAGAAGGAGGCUUCUGGUUGGCCUGUCGGACAAAAUAUGUAUGAAGAUAGCUAUGGUGUUCCCCAAGGCCAGGGGCAUGCUGCCAUUCCUGGUAAAUCUGGUGCUGGUGCUGCCAAUGCUAGUACUGUUGCUAAUGCUGGUGCUGGGACUCCUACUUAUGCUGCCAAUGCUAGUACCGUUGCUAAUGCUGGUGCUGGGACUCCUACUCAUGCUGGAGCUCAAUCUGGCUCUGCGGCUCCAAAAUCUGUUUAUGAUGCACCCAGAGCCCCUGGUUAUGAGGGAUCAAAAGGACCAGGCUAUGACACAUCCAGAGGACCUGGAUAUGAUGUACCAAGAGGAGCUGGAUAUGAUGUACAGAGGGGAUACAAUUAUGAGCCUAGAGGAUCUGGAUAUGAUAUACAAAGAGGACCUACCUAUGAUGCACAGAGAUUACCUGGUUAUGAUGCACAGAGAAUAACUGGCUUUGACGUCCAGAGAGGACCGGCAUAUGGUGUGCAACGAGGACCUCAUUAUGAUGCAUCCAGGGGUGCUGGAUAUGAUGCUGCUUCAAGAGUACUAGCUGGACCACAUGGACAAAUGGCACCUGCAAGCAAUGCGCCUUACGGGUCUGGAACGCCACCAGAUCAUGCUGGAAGUGGGUAUGAGGCACCAGCUCAAGGCGGAAAUUACCCUGUUCGAAGAUAAGCACUUAGCUAAUGCGGUUGAAAUGAAAUCCAAGGCAUAUCCCUAUUGGGCAUCUUUUUCAUUUUUAUAAUCAAGUUGACCUCUUACGGCUGCACACUUUUGUUAGCAUUGUUUUUGCUGCAUUCCUUCUUUGAGCACCCAUUUUCCCCCAAAACACAAUCCCGUUGAUGUGGGUUCAUUAACUUGUCAGUUUUAUUCACAUCGCGUGUUUGUAACUUUCUUUGUUUGGAAGUAUAUCAUCGCAUUCCUCCAGCAAUUUUGCUAUUCCAACUUCUUGCAUCUGUA